CACCUCCAUCAUUCCUCCCCGGCCUUCCUUUUCUGUUUUGUUUCAGCCUCUUCUGCUACCCACCUACGAGCAACCUUUCAACUCAUAAACCUUUUGUCUUUUACUCCAUACUUUGUAUUCUUUGAGAGGCUAUUCUGGAAAAAUGUCAAAACUCGAACAAGACAAGGAUACCUUCAUCCCCGCCCCUCCACCGAUCCACACACAAGAAUCAUCAUCGUCCCAUUCGGACCAAGCGACGUUUACACACCGCGAGCACGAAAAUAACCAACAACAACGGCACAUACUACAACAACCACAACACCGACAACGUAAUCCCAUGGACCCCAACCCGAACCCGUACCCUUACCACGCCGAACACGGACCUCCCAUCGACAACGCCCUCAAGUACGCCGAGGCCGAGGAGGAUUAUCAACACCAUAAGACUCUGUGGUGGUCGCGAGUUCGACACCACCUGCGUGACCCCUUUGCCGAAUUCCUCGGGACUUUUAUAAUGAUCCUGUUCGGUGACGGAUCCGUGGCUCAAGUCACGCUCUCCGCGAACCCCAACCUACCAAAGAGUAGUCAGAACAAGGGUGACUAUCAAAGUAUUUCAUGGGGUUGGGGUAUAGGUGUGAUGUUGGGGGUCUAUGUCGCAGGUUGCGCCGGAGGUCACCUGAACCCCGCCAUAACCAUGGUCAAUUGUAUCUACCGAGGGUUCCCUUGGUGGAAGUUCCCCAUAUACGCCUGCGCCCAGGUGGCGGGAUGUUUCUGCGGUGCGGCCGUCAUCUACGGGAACUACAAGUCGGCCAUCGACGCCUACGAAGGUGGUGCCUCCAUCCGUACGGUCCCGGGUUACAGUGACACGGCGACCGCCGGGGUCUUUUGUACCUACCCCCAACCCUUCCUCACCAAAACCGGACAGUUCUUUUCCGAGAUCGUCUCGAGCACCGUCUUGGUCUUUGUCAUUUUCGCCGUCAAGGACGACGCCAAUCUGGGAGCGGGCAAUCUGGUCCCCCUCGCGCUGUUUUUCCUGAUUUUUGGAAUCGGUGCAACCCUGGGUUGGGAAACGGGUUAUGCGAUCAAUCUCGCUCGAGACUUUGGUCCUAGAUUGUUCACCUACUUUGUCGGUUAUGGACAUGAGGUUUGGAGUGCUGGAGGUUAUUAUUUUUGGAUUCCAAUGAUCGCUCCAUUCAUAGGUUGCACUUUUGGUGGGUUCCUAUACGACGCCUUCAUUUACACGGGUGAAUCACCAAUCAACACCCCGUGGAUGGGACUGAAAAGACUUGUCCACCCAUCCAAAAAGGGAAUCAAGGAAGCCUUUUACGGUCGUCCUGAGAAGGAAGUUUGAGGUAUUUCUUCUUGCGUUGCCAAUUCUUGACACAGAUGGGUUUUUUUUCCUUUGGCGGCGUUGGAACAUUUUGUGAUGUUUCUUGUACGAAUACGAAACGUGUCACAGCCCUGAAAUCGGUCCAGGCUUUGUUGUAUUUUGAAACAAGAAAAGAAGCUUCGUGUUUAUUUGGC